GCUACGCGUCAUGUCGCCGACAUGUUUUAACCGAACAAAUUCCACGCCAGUCAGCCAGCCGCUCACUGUGUAGCGGCAACGUCACCAGUGUACGUUUCUUCUGUUUCUAAACAUGGGCGACAAAAACUUGUUGUUAGUAAAAAGUAUUGAAAAGUUUCCAUGUAUAUACAACUACAACUGCAUUGAUUACUCCAAAAAGGAAGUAACAGACAAAGCUUGGAACGAAAUAGCCAACGAAACAAAACUCACAGUUGGGGAAUGCAGAGAAAAGUGGAAAAAUUUGCGUUAUGGCUUUAUACGAAGUUUGCGACCAAAUCCAGAUGGAUCAUUCAAGAAAAAAUAUUAUUUACAUGACGACAUGGAGUUCGUGUUGCCUUUCGUUAAAUUAAUACCGAAAAGUAGCUAUAUGCCACGAGCUAAUUUAGAAAUUGAUACAGAUGAAGAAAUCACAGAUUACGCCAAUGAGAAUGGACAAUCACCGCAGUUUUACGAUUACGACAAUAUGCUCGAAAACGCUGAACCACUAAGAAAAAGGACUAGACAAUACGAACCUUCGAUUAAAUAUUUACAGCAUAAAACUUCUUUGGAUAAAGUUAAUGAUUCAAGAAAAAUGUUCCUUCUCAGCCUGUUACCAGAAAUAAAUGAACUAACAGAAAGUCAGAUGAAAUGUUUUAGAAGGAAAGUAUUAGCUUUAUUAGAUGAAAUUGUGGAUGUUCCAAACCAAUUUGGUACCAAUAACCGCAUGUGGCAAACAGAACGACCUCAAAGCGCUUCUAGUCAGGAUAACGAUUGUAUAAUAAAGAGUGAACUUCCAUGAUCAACUAUUUUUUUCUUUUGAAUCCAUUCUAACGAGCCGUCAGUCAACUCGAGCGCCUAAUCCAGGGGUCGACAACCUUACGAGACAGCCAAAAACUACUAUUUACAGAAUUUCACAGUUUUUAAAGAGACACUAAACGACUAAAUUGUUCGUGUUAUAUUCGAGUUUUCAUAACGAAAUUUUGCCCGUUGCAUAAAUGUCAUUUAUCAAAGCUUUAAGUCGACAGCGCAGCUGGGCAUUUGAAUCUCAUCUCUCGUAAGCAGUAUAUUUCAAACGUAUUAAAGUAAAACUAUUAUUUUCGUUUUGACAGUAAAAUAAUUAUUUUUUCAUAUGGAAGUCGAGAACUAACUUUACAUCGAAAGAGCCGCAGGUUGUCGACCACUGGCGUAACCUAAUAAUAUUUCUAUGCAAGCACAUUCGAUCGAUGCGUAAUCGAUCACAAUAUCUUCUUUG